CGUUUGUUCAGAUUGUUCGGUCUAUGCCAAGCGCCACUCUUUUUCUAUUGUCAUUUUCCGGAUUUAUUAUUGACCGAUCAUCAAGGAUUCUUCAAGAGACUCUAUCGAUACGUAGUGGAUCGGUUAGAGGGUUGGAGCAUAGGAAUGGCUGAUCUGAUUUGUGUGAAUAGUAAUUUUACGAAGGGUGUUGUCGCCGAAACAUUUCCACAUUUGGACGCGACUAAACUCAAAGUUUUAUAUCCAACGCUUAAUACGAAGUUCUUCGAUAGUGCACCAGAAACAGAACUGGAAGACGUGCCGUCCAGUGCGAAAUAUCUGUUCGUUUCGAUCAAUCGGUAUGAGCGGAAGAAAAAUAUCAAGUUGGCAAUCGAUGCUUUUGCUGACAAUGUAAAAAUUGAGCUGUUACGUCGUUCGACAGCCGUUUUGUACACACCGUCGAAUGAGCAUUUCGGCAUAGUGCCGGUGGAAGCGAUGUACAUGCGAAGUUGUGUGAUUGCGGUCAAUUCGGGUGGACCGAACGAGUCGAUCGAGAACGGUUCGAGUGGGUUUUUGGUGGAGUCGAAUGCGAGGGCAUUCGCCGAAGUGAUGGCCAAAUUGGUUAGAGGCGAACUGAACAGGGAAGAGAUCGGUGAGGCGGGUAGAAAACGUGUGCAAUCGUUGUUCACUUUCGAGCACUUCUCUAGAAAACUUGAAACUUUAAUGCAGUCGCUGGUUUGA